ACGAUUGCACGUGUUGCCAGAGCUGCAUUCAAUUUUUACCCUUAUUUGGUUGUUGUUUUGGUGUUGUUGCGCGGCGGCGUCUUUUAACCGGUAAUUCAUUCAACGUAUUUAAUUGUGAAAUAACUCACAAUGGGCAAAAACAAACGCAACAAGCAACAGCAACAACAACAGCACAAAAAUGCUCAGCAGCCAACGGCAGCGGGGACAACGGCAACAUCCACAAACAACGCGGAGGCGGCCAAAAGCAACCGCAUACCCAGCCUCAAAGAUAAGAAACGCAAGGCAAUAAAUUUGGUCAUACAGGCGAUAUUGGAUGUGGUAGAAAUCCAGCCGGCCAAUGCAAACGACGAAUGGAAACAGUACGUAGAGCUGCAGCCACUGCUGGAGCGUCUGAUGGAGCACGAAAAGCCGCUGCAGCUGGCCGUCUGCCCCGCAGACGAUGCCGCCAAUGCAAAUGAACAGACGCGCCUGGCCAAGGUGGCCGCCUUUAAUGAGUGGGCGCGCGCGGGCGGUGUGCAAAGCGAUUGUGUGGAAAUUACAACAUUUCCCGGCUAUCAGCUAGGUCUGCGCGCCACCCGCGAUCUGGCCGAGGGCGAGCAGGUGCUCACUGUGCCGCGCCAGCUCAUCUUUUCCGAGGAGCUGUUGCCCGAGGCACAACGCAAGCUCUUUGUCGACUUUCCCACCCACCUGAAUGUCACAUAUAUGCUCAUCAUUGAGAAGGUGCGCGGCGCCGCCAGUACCUGGCAGCCCUUCAUCGAUACGCUGCCCACGCGCUACAACACCGUGCUAUACUUUACAGUGGAGCAAAUGCAGCGCUUGCGCGGCACAUCUGCCUGCUCCGCUGCCGUGCGUCAUUGUCGCGUCAUUGCACGCAUCUACGCCUCCAUGUACAAGUGCGCCUACAUGCAGCCCGAUGACAGCGUUAUGGCCGGCAUGGCAAAUCUCUUUACCGAGUACGGCCUCUGCUACGAGCUCUAUCGCUGGGCGGUGUCCACGGUGACGACGCGUCAGAAUCUGGUGCCCCGGCAAUUGGCCACGGAUUCCGAUGUAAUACGAUUUUCGGGCUUCGAAAUGAACCCAAUGUCGGAGAAGGGCGUUAGAAACUCACCGAUGUCGGCAUUGAUACCAUAUUGGGAUAUGGCGAAUCAUCGUUGCGGCAAAAUAACCUCAUACUACAAACCGGCCGCACAGCAAAUGGAGUGCAUAGCCCAGGAGGCAUUUAAGGCGGGCGAACAGUUCUUUAUUUACUACGGAGAUAGAUCCAAUGCGGAUCGACUGGUGCAUCAUGGCUUUCUGGAUAUGAAUAAUCCCAAGGAUUAUGUGCAAAUACGUUUGGGUCUCAGUCCAACGGACGCGCUGGCCGAGCAGCGUGCCCUCCUGCUGUCCGAGCUGAAUAUCGAGCGGAAGGCGGAGCUGCGUGUGCUGCCCGCACCGGAGCACAUCUCCGGCGAACUGUUGGCCUUUGUUCGUGUGUUCAAUAUGAGCAAGGAGCAGCUGGAGCAUUGGUGCAGCGAUUUGGAGCGCGCCAUCGAUUUGCUGCACAUUGAUUGUGCGCUUGAAACGGAUCUGGAGACGCGCACCUGGCAGUAUCUAUACCAGCGGCUCAAGCUGCUGCUCGGCGUGCUCGAUGCGACGCUCAAAGAGGCCGAUGAGCAGCAGCAGUUGGAGGCAUUGCAGCAACAGCCAGCUCCAUCCGAGAUUGAUAUCAUGGUAUUGCAGUAUCGUCGCCUCGAACGUCGCAUACUCAGCGACGCGCUGCAAUAUGCCCAGGAGCGCCUCAAGGUCUAAGCAAAGGGGCGCCCAAUCAACUAACUCAAGUGGCCAUUUACCAACAGUCGCAGCGCGUGCCCAAGUCAAACAUAUUUUUUUUUGCCUAGUUCCCAUACAAAGACUCCGAUCCCAGCGAGAAGCCUAAGAAAUCAAUAUCGAUACGAUAAAAACCCAUCAAAUUUGUGGGCUAACAUUUAGAUUCUAUGUCUGGCGGUUUUUUAUAGCCGUCGCAUAGUUUCCCAAAGUG